GUGAAAGAAGAGUGGGAGAGAAAUCUCUGCUCCGCCGCAGAGAGAAGCAGGAAAAAGCGUGUGUGGCUCCGCAAAGUAGCGGACGACAACGAUCGAGAAAAAUCGGAAGGAGUGCACUGAAGUCACGCGUGGGAGCGGAAGCGUGGACGAGGAAAAAGUGAAAGGUUGAGGCGGAAGUACUUUCCCUCGCCCUGCAUUCCGUCGGGGGUCUUUUAAUGCCCCGAAUUCGUCACGCGUGGAAGAGAAGCGAAGAGUGAAGAAGAAGAAGUUCCACGGCGUGAAUAACACUCUUCGUCGGCCUUUCGGUGCUUUGUCCUCUCCCCCUUCCUGGCCCUGCAUGGACGGGGAUGGGGAGAGCCGGAUGCUGUUCCAGCGGGGCUGAGCGCCUCGCCUCCCCGUCUCUGGCGCGCUGCUUCCGGCCACUGCUGGUGCUGAUCAUCGCUCUGACCUCCGCCGGCCGUAUAGGUCAGUGUCAGGUGAUCACUCCUCAGUGUCGCAUCCAAAAGUGCACCACCGACUUUGUCUCCCUGACCUCUCACCUCACGCCCGCCGUGGAUGACUUCCAUGUUGAAUUUUGCAAAGCCUUGCGUGCGUACUCGGCCUGCACGCAGAGGACAGCCAAGUCCUGCAGGGGCAAUCUGGUCUUCCACUCGGCCGUGCUGGGCAUCUCAGACCUAAUGAGCCAGAGGAACUGCUCCAGAGACGGCCCCACGUCCUCGACGCACCCAGAGGUCCACCAUGAGCCGUGCAACUACUACAGCCGCACCCAGCACGCGCACACACACGCCCACGCGCACUCGCACGGCCACAAUAUCUCCCGGGCCGGAUUCCUGUUCUGCGGCCUGUUCGGGGACCCCCACCUAAGGACGUUCAAGGACAGCUUCCAGACUUGCAAAGUGGAGGGGGCGUGGCCUCUCAUCGAUAAUACCUAUCUGUCGGUUCAGGUCACCAACGUUCCAGUCGUCACGGGCUCCAGCGCCACGGCAACAAACAAGAUCACCGUUAUCUUCAAGCCGUAUGAGGGCUGCACAGAGCAGAGGGUCUACCAGGCCGUGACAGACAACAUUCCCGCCGCCUUCGACGACGGCACAGUGAGCAGCGGCGACCCCAUCCACGUGUCCGCGGGGGCCGACGGCGCCAGCGGGAAAGUGAGGGCCCUGUGGAUCUCGGAGCGCAGCCCGGGCCACCACGUGGAGCUGCACGCCGGCUACAUCGGCGUCACGGUGAUCGUCCGACAGCUGGGCCGCUAUCUGACCCUGGCGGUGCGGAUCCCGGAGGAGAUGGCUCACGCCUACGACGACACGCAGGACCUGCAGCUGUGUCUGAACGGCUGCCCCAGCGGGGAGCGCAUCGACCAGGGCGGCCACUUGCCCCUGUCCCCGCCCUCGGUCGGCCUGCAGCUCCAGCGCCCGCACGGGCCGAGAUACUCCACCCAGAUCCAGUUAUCCUCCCACGGCGGCAGGCAAAUCUUCACCACGGACGCCGCUAAGGAUCGCUGUCGGGAGCAGCUGGAGGUGCAGGACAUUUACUUCCACUCCUGCGUGUUCGAUCUCCUCACCACGGGGGACGCUAACUUCACAGUGGCGGCGUACAGCGCCCAGAAGGACAUGGAGAGUCUUCACCCGCACAGGGACAGGUGGAGGAUCUACCCCAGAGGUUCCUCCACCUCCACCUUGCAUCCUCAUGGUCGACCUUUGCGACUCUUCACUUUGCUCCUGCUGUGUGCUCUCAGCGCUCUGUAGGAGUCCUUUUGCCCGCCUGUACAGAAUGUGCACUAGAGACAAUUUUUGGACUGAGCGCUGAUGUUGACGACUGCUUCCUCUCUCAACAGGAAGUCAGACGGUUACUGGGACUAUUUUGUACUGGUAACACUUUCUUUAUCUUUAGAUCAGAUGCCAGUGACUUAAAUGUUGCUGUGUAGGUAUGUAAAUACUUUAAUACUGGCGGCCCCCGGAAUGACACCAUACCGGCCCACGAGUUCAGUUCAAACCGCGGGAGACAAAUUCCUAAAAACACAAGAAUCGAGGAACUUGGAUCACCGUAAACACAUUGGCAGAUCCUCGCAUUGAAAUGUUUUAACCUUGCUAGGAAACAUGGAGCACUCGGGUCCAAACUUAUGAAAUACAGAACUGAGGCGUUCCUCAAGGCCCCUCUUUAAGUCCUCUCCUUUUUGGCAGGUACAAUUAUUUUCAUAAUGUGAUUUAUGUAACUCGGGUGUUGCUGUAACUUGUUUACUUCAGAUGCCGUCAGGAGUCAUUUGUUGGAACUCCUUUGCCUAUUCUAGUGGUGUUCCUCAAGGUUCCAUUUUAAGUCCUAUCUUUUUCAUCAUUUGGGCUAUUCAACUGGCUGACUGCCUACGAGAUUAGUUCAAAACCUGGGAGACAAACAUGUUUGCAGCAAAUUCCUAAAAACACUAGUGCUCCUGUUGUAUAGAGGAACUUGGACCGCUGGGAACACAUUGGCAGAUCCAUGCAUUGAUCUUUUAACCUUGCUUGCAAACAUAGAACACUGGGGUCCAAAUUUGUGAGUUACAUACCUGAGGCGUUCCUCAAGGCACCCCUUUAGGGCUUCUACUUUUUGCCGAUUUGGUUUUUCGUGACGUGAUUUAUGUAACUGAGUUGAUACUGUAGCUUGUUCACUUCGGAUGCAGUCAGUAGUCAAUUGUUCAACUUCUUUAGUUAGAUUAAUGGCGUUCCUCAAGGUUCAAUUUUAGGUCCCCUCUUUUUUUUUAUCAUUUGGGCUAUUGAACUGGCUGCCUGCGAGUUCAGUUCAAGGCUUGGGAGACAAACAUUUUUGCAGCAAAUUCCUAAAUGCACUAGAGUGCUCCUGUUGUGUAGAGGAACUUGGCCCAACUGUAAACACAUUGGCAGAUCCUUGCAUUGACAUUUUUUGAUAGCAAACAUAGAACACUGGGGUCCAAAUUUGUGAUUUACAUACCUGAGGCGUUCCUCAAGGCACCCCUUUAGGGCCUCUACUUUUUGCCGAUUUGGUUUUUCGUGACGUGAUUUAUGUAAGUGAGUUGAUACUGUAGCUUGUUCACUUCAGAUGCAGUCAGUAGUCAAUUGUUCAACUUCUUUAGUUAGAUUAGUGGCGUUCCUCAAGGUUCCAUUUUAGGUCCCCUCUUUUUUUUUUUAUCAUUUGGGCUAUUCAACUGGCUGCCUGCAAGUUCAGUUCAAGACUUGGGAGACAAACAUUUUUGCAGCAAAUUCCUAAAAACACUAGAGUGCUCCUGUUGUAUAGAGGAACUUGGCCCAACUGUAAACACACUGGCAGAUCCUUGCAUCGACAUUUUUUGCUAACAAACAUAGAACACUGGGGUCCAAACUUGUGAUUUACAUACCUGAGGCGUUCCUCAAGGCAUCCCUUUAGGGCCUCUACUUUUUGGCGAUUUGGUUUUUCGUGACGUGAUUUAUGUAAGUGAGUUGAUACUGUAGCUUGUUCACUUCAGAUGCAGUCAGUAGUCAAUUGUUCAACUUCUUUAGUUAGAUUAGUGGCGUUCCUCAAGGUUCCAUUUUAGGUCCCCUCUUUUUUUUUUUUAUCAUUUGGGCUAUUCAACUGGCUGCCUGCGAGUUCAGUUUAAGGCUUGGGAGACAAACAUUUUUGCAGCAAAUUCCUAAAAACACUAGAGUGCUGCUGUUGUGUAGAGGAACUUGGGGGCAGAUCCAUGCAUUGACGUUUUAACCUUGCGUGGCAAACAUCGAACACUGGGUUCCAAACUUGUGAUUUACAUAACUGAGGCAUCCCUCAAGGCACCCUUGGUUUUGGUUUUUCGUGACUAAAGUGUUGCUGUAGCUUUUUUUUACUUCAGAUGCAGUCAGUAGUCAAGUGUUCAACUUCUUUAGAUAGAUUAGUGGUGUUCCUCAAGGUUCAAUUUUAGGUCCCCUCUUUUUUUUAUCAUUUGGGCUUGUCUAUGGUGGUCAAUGGAAUUUGGUUCAGAGACUUACAGUGCUGUGUAAAAGAGAGAUGAUCUUUGACUAGCAGAAGGUCCUUAAAACUCCUGUAACUGACAAAAUAAACAGACCUAAAAACAAUGUAUUUUCUAGAGGACAGUGGUUCUCCAGAAAAUACAAACUAAUACUUCAUUACUAGUGAAGGGAGAAGUCUGGCACCCCGGUCUAUAGCUUUCUGGACGUGUGGCCCCGCAAAAAUCCAGUUGAAUAUCCCUGCUUUAGUGUCUUCCUAGCACAGUGUAAUAAUAACAUUUGUGUUAUUUUCUCAUUCGAUGUGAUUUUCAUUAGUACCUCAGACAGAGGAUGUUUGUAUUCAUAGAAGCACUUUAUUUUGAUUUUUCUUGUCUCAUUUUAAUCCACAUCAGUGUUUUUUCAAACUUUUUAGCGACUUAUAUUGUGUUUUUGCUUGUUGUUAAAAUGCACCAACUGAUGGUACUUCUCCUUCUAAGGCAGUUAACGUGAGUUGUUCUCCUUGAAUGUACAUUAAUGACAUUUGUGCGGACACGUUUUCUUCUUCAGUCUGGAUUUCUGGGAGACGUUUUGCCACCUCUUUGCGAGCAGGCUGCACGUAUACGGGCUCAUAUUUGUUGUAGUCUAGGUUAUUUUUGAGCCAAAGACAUGACGGGAGCUUCUCAAGAGGGUCAUUUUAUGUGGGGGGAAGACCAGACUCUCAUCAAACCAGCACCUUCCCCCGUUCUCUGUUUUUUAAAUGUGCUACUGUAAAUUCGCAAAGCUCCACCUUCCUGGGAGCAUUCAGUGCAAAUCACUGAAAACAUUUCACUUUUUUUCAUACCUGAUCAAAAUGUGUCAGCUUGGACAAUGAGCCAUUAUGUCAUGUACGAUUCUAGUUUGGUUAGCCAUAAGCUUUAUCCAAAUUUUGGUCAUGUGAUUGCUUAUAACACGUGGGAAUGUUUUUGUGUGUGGUCAUUGAUGACAUACCUAACUUAUUUAUGAACUGUAGAUUCCUGUAUAGAAGCUCCAUACUCUUGCUGUAUGAAUAAUUAUUUAAAAAGUUGUGAGUUGUGAUUGUACUGCCACCCAGUGGUGUUAUGUUGUCAGUGUGUUAUUCAAGGCACUUAAAAUGUGGAGGAAAAGAUUUAAAAAAAAAAAAAAAAAAUGUGUGCAAGUGUUUUAUUUUUACCAAACAAAGGAAGUCAAACAGCUUA